ACAACGGCACAGCCUGGAGCCUCGAGCAGGGAACCUGCUCCUCCAAGGGAAGGCAGAGCAGCACCGCCUGCUCCUGCAGGCUCCCAACAAUCAACCCGUCUGAACAGCACUGCUGUGUUUGCCACAAGCUCGGGAAUGAGCCGAGUUCAGGUGGAGGAGAUGAUGGCAGAGGAAGGACUAGAGGCUGAGCCUGAAGCGGUGGGCACAGGUGAUGGCCGUGUGGAUUGCUGGCAAUCGUGUGGUCUGCAGGACGUGCCCCUGCUUGCUCAGAUGCUCAGCGAGCUCUGUAGCUCUGAGAAGUGAAACACUGAAGAGGAACAGAACGUGGCAAUGGAGCCCUCAACAGCUCGUUCUCCUUUGCAGAUGUUGAAGUUUCAACUGCUUGUGGUGCAUGUGACCCUUGUGGUUACCCUGCUGCAGUGGCAGUCUAGUUCGGUGCUCCUGGCUGAGGCAGCUCCAGAGUCUUUGGAGCCUUCUAAUGUGACAGGCCUGGGAACACAUCCCCCUGCCAGUGAAGAGAGGUUGGACAUUGACCUAUCAGCCAAACUGUUCCUUCUUGAUGAGUUAGUGUCACUGGAGAAUGAGGUGACCGAGACCAAGAAGAAGAGAAGCUUCCCAGGAUUUGGCUCCCCAAUUGACAGGAUUUCUUCAAGCUCUGUUGAUACAAAAGGCAAACAGAGGAAAGUGGUUGAGCUGCCCAAGAGACGAUUUGGAAUUCCUCUAGACCGGAUUGGAGUGAGCCGUCUCAGCAACACGAAGGGCUAGCAGCUCGUGCAGGUGCUUCUGUUCUGAGUGAUUGAUGCUGUGUUGGAAACAUUGCAGGGUUAUGGAAGAUGCAUCCGAGCAUGUCUUGUCAUUGACUAAUGAUUCAACGUUCAAGGAAUUGACCUCCUACAAAAUCUGUUUCACAUUGUGCUUUAUGAACAGCAACAAAUUGAAUUCAUCUGGUCAGAAUGCUCUCACAGAUAUGCAGAGUGCCACAGAUAGGAGGGAACAGAAAGUGUGUGUGUGUGUGUGUGUGUGUAUAUAUAGUUUAAUUGCAUGGCAUUCGUUUCUUAAACUUGCAGAAGUUCAUAAUCCUAGCAAGGACUUGUUAGAAUUUUUGACUAUAAAAUGAAACUUUCAGAGAUGCCAACAGAAGUCCAUGAAAAGCAGACAAUUUGCAUUGCAAAUUUCUUUCGGGAGGAUGUUUGCUUGGGAGAUGAAGAAAGAGUUUAGCAGUUAUGGAAUAAACCAAGGUUUUACUUGAACUGCUACUGAGGAGAAAACAUCUGUUGACAUCACUAGACAUUUGUCUAAGGGAAAACUAUGACAAUACCUUAGAAUUUGCCCUGAUGUUUUUAGCAGAAUUUCUCUUAUCUCUGCACCAAAUUUAGCAAUGUUUUCAUUGUAUGGCAGAUCCUGACAUGUGGUGAGACUUACAGUUUCCUCUGCUAAGCUUAUGAAUACAUUUUAUUCCUCCCUAUGUAUAAUAUAGGAAACCAUCCAAAUAUGAAGUCAUCAUCUAUUUCCUAGGCCAUCUGCAUCAUCAGCCUUAUUGUAGUCUCUUAAUGUGCAUAUGAGGUAUAAUCAGACAUCCAACUGUAAAAGUUCAAGCAUUUUUACCCUGAUAACAUGUAAAAAUGUGCCUACCCUGUCCAUUUCAAUUCAUUGUAAAACAGAUUAACUUGAAUCCUGGUUCAUUCUUUUUCACUUCUUUCUAACUUUUAAAAAUUAGCUAAAAAGAGAUGCUUGCUGAUAUCUAAAUGCUCAGGUUCCUAGCUGAUCUUUUCUAAACCUCACACAUUUCUCAUUGAACUUGGGUUCAUGUCAGUUAAAGUUCCUUGUAUUGCUGCUCUUGGUAAAUUGCUCUUAAUUUCAAAAGAUCUUCUUGGAGAUUAUAUAGGACAAAGAGAAAAAAAAUACAUCUUGCUCUGACUUAAUACUCCAUUUUAGGCAGUGAGUUGCAGUAAAAGUGGGGAUAGAAAUGAAAUGCUAACUUCCUAAUCUCAUGUGAGGCACAAAGCCAACUGACCAUCAGCUGAAAAAAUGGGGAAGAAAAAAAAUCACUUUCUCCAAAGGAAGCUGAAGGAAAGAAGUUUGGAUGUUGGUGAAAUUUCCAAAACAGAUCUAUUCUGGGCAGUGAGACUUUCAGGUCAUGGUGUGAAAUAAGGCUCCCUAUCAGAAGUAUCAGUAGUAGAAGCAGUAUCUUCUGAGUAUUAGCAUCUAAUACUUGCCUGGGAGUGGGAAGUGAUCAUAGUGGUCAGGGAAGUGGUCCCCAUGGUCAUAAGAGGGACGCCACAGGUUUUCCCCCUCUCCUUGUUUCCUACAGCCCUGACUGGGUCUGGGUCCAGCAGCUAGGAUCUUGACAACUCCCAUCUAGGCUAUUGCUGCUGCAAGCAAAUCCACAAAACACCAAUUCACUUCUAGAAGUGCUCCCAUCUUUCCCUUCAAGAAGAGCUGCAUCAAGUGGAGUUAGGUGGUCGUUCCUCCACAAAUAGGUGCAGUGUCCAUGCUUGUAUGUGAAGCGAGUGGCAGAAGCACUGCAAAUGCUUUCCAGUCCAAGAUCUCAAAAGUUAGAAAAAGAGAGGGGCCAUAAAUCCCAAUUGAGGAUUCAUCUUAGCUUUUUGCUUCUGACAUUUCCACAAGCUCCAGUGCUCACAUUCAAUCUUAAAGAUAUAAAAUUUAGACUAGAUUACUGGAUGGGUGGAGACUGUCUGAAUGCUGGUCUGAGAUGAGACUUUUCUGCCUGUGGUAGAAGCAAGUUUGCAAAUACAAGCCCAGACCCUGUCUUCUGGAGUGCUGCAACCACAUGUCCUGAGCCUGUCCUGCAGCUUAGCAGUUACCUUAUUGCACCGAGCUCGCUCAGGCUGCAGAUAAUCUACUUGCAAGGUUAGCCGUGUGUGUGUGACAGGUCCAGAUUAUGGAGGCAAUGUACUUCUGACCACUUCUACAGUUGCCUGUCAAGAGCAGCCGUGAUCAAGACUCACUGUGUGAUACAUUUUGGGUAACUCUGGAAGAAUCCAGUGCUGACAUAGAUGAUUCACAAAGAUAAUAGUGGAAUGUGAAUGUAUUACAGUGAUUGGCUGAUAUUAGUCUGAGCAGCUUCUUAGAAAGGGGGAUUUAAAGCCUACAGCUGUAUGCAGAUGUGCCCUUCAUCUAGAGAAAAAACAUGAAGGCACGGCAGGACAGAUUUAUCUGAUUGUUAGUUGUUUCCUGGAACUGGGAGCUUGAAACUUCAAUCCUGUGUUUGUCUCUCACUAUGUUCUGUGCAUUACC